CUGCCGGUCAAAUGUGAGAGCAGAAGAUGGUAAUCCUAACAGCGUGGAAUGCUUUUUACAUAUCUCCGGGGAUUACUAAAAAAAAUAAAAAAAAAAAAAUAAAAAUAAAAUAAAAAUAAAAAUCCGGUACAUACUACGCUGCGUAUGUACGGCAUUCUUCUGUUGGUUGGGGAAAUUAAAACCCCGACUUCCCAUUACUUUUUCUUAUUGUAUCUGUUUCUUCAGUGUUGAUCACAGCGGUGAUCUGCGAGCUGCGAUUCGGGGAAAUCCCACGGGCGUAGCUAUCCAUGUCCCCGGCGCGGGUCAAGCUUGGUGCUGUUGGUGGAGCACCACGUUCUUGACAGGCAGUACCUAGGCAUAUCUUUAGGUACGGAGUACGGAGUAUAUAUAACUACCAUAUAAAAAAUGGAAGAGUCAACGUCGUCAUCUUUUUUACGCCAAACGAGAGAGAGUUCUUCAAGCAGCUAAAUAGCUCUAGCAGCCGGACCCCCCCCCCCCCCUCUGGCCCGCGCCGAGACAGUUUGUUUCCGACAACAGCCAGCGGCUCAGGGCUCAGGGCUCAGGAGUCGGGAAUCAGCAGCAUUGACCGACCCUGCGAUGAGAACCAGGAGCAACGGGGCGCAGCAGCCGCUGUUCGGGAUUCAGGAUUCAGGAGUCGAUGUUUGUGAGACUUGUUCUGUGGAGAAUCAUCUCUCCGAAACUCAAUAAUAAUGAAUCAAAUCAAUCCCCUUGUCUGUUGAACAAAAAAAGGGGACGGGGAGGCAUGCUUGUUUCUCCUCCGUCGGGGAACUAAUAACUAACUAUGCAUCGUUCUAACUAUGCAUCGUUUGAUGACUCGCUCAACUACCUAUUGUUCUCCAUGCCGCAGCCCGGAUGAACAAAGUGAAUAAUAUUAAAUCUGUGUUACCUGUGGAUGGUUUGGAAACGAGGUUAGAAAAUCGCAAUAUACGCGCGAACAAUUGCGACAAGUAUUUAGUUAAUAAAACUUAACAGCUGCACGGCUCUUACUGUUUCUCCCCUCGCUAUAACUACAGCGUACGCUGCAUAGUUGCGGCGUAAGCAAUAAGAAGAAUAACUAAUAUGUUACUAGGAACGGACUUAGAAACAGAACAGAACACUUGUUUCCGCGAUGCAAGCCACAACACUCCAGGUUUUCCCCGACUCCAGGUUUUUCUUUUCUUUUCUCAUUUCCCCAUCAGCAGUUGGUGAGAGGAAACAAGACUACUCUACUACUACUAAAGAAAGGAAAACAAAAACGUGUCUGAGCGGGAAAAAAUGGUCCCCGUCCAUAAUUAUAUAAAGAAACAGACCCCGUCCAACCCCCCAAACCCCCGUCGUCUAAAAAUUCCAUCUUACAUAUCUAACUCCCAGACCAUAUCAUAACUAUCCCUUUUUUUAUUUAAUUUGCCCGUUUUCCCUCCCUCUUUCAUUCCCUUUCGUUCUCCCGGCCUACGAACGAUUCUAAGCUGCAUGAAUGAAACAUUUGGCUCUCAACUCCUCUCCGCUGCCGAUCACCGCCUGCAGCGCCCGUUUUCCCACCUGCUUUACCACGCACCGUUCCGUUCCCCAAUAAUUUCCUCCCCAAACAACAUGAAGAUCGACGUCGCCUUCACCUUGGCCCUCGUGCUGGCAGCCACAGGAAUAACUGCUGCACAGAGAUCCAGGGUCGAGCUGUGUAGAGUGGGAUAUCAGUGCCGAGCCGAUAUCGACUGCCAGGCGGAUCCAGAGUGUCAGGCGAAGGCAGAGGGCAUGGACCAAAAAUUAAAGACCAUCGCGGUUUACUGCCACGAUGCAAAGCGUCGCUGCGAAGUUGUAUGGCCGGCUAGAAGCUAGAAAUGAAAUUUAAAACAAAAAAAAAGGAAUGGAGAAUGGAGUACUUGAUUUCUAUACCUAACUACCAGAAACAAAUUGUUCCAAAACGCUAGUGUAAGGCUGAGCUGGGUAGCUAGUGUGGAGCUGAGUUUUUUUUCUUUUCUUUUUUUUUUUUUUUUUUUUUUCUUUCUUAACAAGUGAUACCAACUUGGUGGAUUGGUGAAUUGAGGUAUCCCACGAUCAAUCGAUCAUCCAUGAAAGAAAUGAAUAUCCAGAGAGGGCACGUUUUGUCUGAACGAUACGAUACUUCUGGUUGCUCGCGGAGUCUUGAGAAGAAUUCAGAACUCCAGGGGGGGAGGGAUCCUUGAACAAUUAACUCGAGGAUUAACCUGGGUAUUCUGCGAGCUUCUGCGAGCUUCUGCUGGAGGAUGGAGAUAUACACUCAUACUCUAUACAUAUACAUACAUUUUUGCCUACGCGGUUCACUUUCCAGGCAUGGGGAGAAGAAGAACAGAGGAUAUUUUUAUGUUAACUAUGUAUUAAUGUAUUACAUGC